AUGGAGGACAGAAUACAAUUCGACAUAAAUGAAUCGCUCAAGUAUUACUUGAGUGAUCCCGCUUCUAUUCCCACCCCCGAUGCGGACCCAGAAUUGUUGGAUUGCGAAUCGGAUCCCGAUCAACUUUCGCCAGCGCUGAUUGACAAUGUCUUGAACCCAAUCGUGGAUGCUGUCGCGGAGAACCCAGAAGGAAUAAUGCGAGCAUCUUUAUUUGACUCGUUACAAUUUUUGCUAAAGUGCGCCCCGGUCCCUUCCCAACUUGCCCAUGGAGGCUGGCGCCCGCCUGGACUCGAAUCUGACGAAUCUUUUCAUACUUGCAGAUACUCGACCCUUCUCCCCGCAAAGUAUUUGAGCAAACUUUUGGAUCUGGUUGUUUCUGGCCUGUCUGUUGAGGCAGAUAUAAUCCAUGGAGACCUUGAAUCCGAUGAUCAAGAUGCCAUUCAACACCACAAGCAGCUUCUAGAGAUGUAUGGGUUCCUCCUCCAAUGGGCAUUGUCUGCCGUCGAGGUCAAGGCAGCAGAGAAGCCUACCGAAGCCGCACCCGUGCGAAGAGGAGGACCCAAGUCCAAGAAAUCUGCCAAUAGUGGCCAGUGGGAUUGGACGCCCCAGAUCCAAAUAUCCAUGGAGACAAUGUGCAAGGUGAUGAAGCUUAAGCUAGGACGUAUUUUUCUGACUACUUCGGAUCGUGACACAUUUAUUACUCUAUUCACCCGCACAAUCUAUCUGGUCCUCGAAAGCGAGCAGCGAGUGAAGAGUAUGGCCAUUCGCAUGCAUGCAUUCAAAGUCCUUUGCAUUGCAGUCAAGCACCAUGGCCAGGCAUUUGGCGCUCAAACUUCCAUUGUGCAGAGCUUGACUUACUUUGAGCAUCUCUCGGAGCCGAUGGCCGAAUUUCUCCACAUUCUGGCCGAACAAUACGACUAUCCACAACUUUCCGAUGAGAUAUUGAAGGAGCUUGGAAACAAGGAAUUCAAUUCCAACGAUACAAGAGGCCCAAAGUCUGUAUCAACAUUUAUUAUCAAAUUAUCCGAACUUGCUCCCCGAUUGAUCAUCAAGCAAAUGACACUUUUGGCUAAACAGCUAGAUAGUGAGGCCUAUACGCUCCGUUGUGCAGUGAUCGAGGUCUGCGGGAAUCUCAUCUCCGAUCUUAGUCGACAGGAAGAACGCAGUGAUAAUUACAAGACCCAGAUCAACGCGUUCUUUGACGUUCUAGAGGAAAGAUUCCUCGACAUCAAUCCUUAUUGCCGCUGCCGGGCGAUUCAAGUAUUCAUGCGGAUCUGCGACUUGGAACAAAAGUUCCCCAAGAGGCGACAGGCGGCAGCGGAACUCGCUGCCAGAAGCUUGGAGGACAAGAGCAGCAAUGUUCGACGCAACGCCAUCAAGCUGCUGUCCAAACUUGUCUCCACGCAUCCUUUCAGCGUUAUGCAUGGAGGGCUACUCUCAUACAAGGACUGGACUGAGAGACUAGACGCGGUCGACGCUGAGCUAAAUGCAUUGCGACCCCCCGAAACGCCUGGCUUCGAGGCAGGUGACAUGACUCAAGUGGAUCCCGAACUACUGGACGACGCUACACAAUUGCCGGAUGAUUCUCCCUCGAAAGCACCCAGGAUGAGUGAAGAAGAGAAGAAUAUUGCCAUGCAGAAAGCCGCAGAGCAGGCGGCCACAUCCGAAUUAAUGACACGCCUUCAACUGACGAGGAAGUAUUACAACGAGGCCAUCCGGUUUAUUGAAGUGCUCCAUUCUGGGUCGACCAUCGUCACUCAGUUACUAUCCUCCCGGAAUAAGAGUGAGGUCAUUGAGGCUAUGGAUUUCUUCGUCGUGCUCGAUGCGUACAAGAUUGAGACCGCCCGCGGUGGAAUUCGCCGUAUGCUGCGUCUUAUCUGGACCAAGGGAAAUAGUGAUGAAGGGAAGGGUGUCCAGACCCAUUUAAUUGAUUGCUACAAGGGCCUAUUUUUCGACGCACCGGGCUCUUUCACCCCCAACGACGCUGCAAACUAUAUUGCCCGCAACAUGAUCAGUCUGACUUUUGGUGCCACUCCCGCAGAGCUCACUUGCCUCGAGCAGUUGCUCAGCACUAUGAUGAAGGCUGGAAAUGUAUCUGACGCAGUCAUCGCCAAGCUGUGGCAAGUUUACGGCAUACAGAAGAAGGAAAUCUCACGAACGCAGCGCAGAGGUUCAAUUAUUGUCCUCGGCAUGCUGGCUCUGGCAGAUCCAGAGGUUGUCGUCAAAGAGAUCGAGGCCAUGCUGCGCAUCGGCCUGGGUGGUUUGGGAAGAGUCGAUCUUGUGCUCGCCAAAUACACUUGUAUUGCUUUGCGGCGCAUGAUCCCUGGGCGCCAAGCCAAAUCAAAGGAAGUGGUUGGCAUCCCUAAACUCGCUAGUGACCACUCAGUGUUGGUGAGGUUAGUGGCCAUGCUUGAGAUCGAGACAGCCAGCAAGGAGUGGUACGGAGUCGCAGAACAUGCCCUCAACGCCAUUUACUCUUUAUCCAAACAUCCGGACGUUCUUUGCUCCGAUAUUCUUCGACGGAAGACCAGAUUCGUCUUCGCGCCACAUCAACGGAAAUCCUCUGUCUCUGUCAGCGGGGAAGAGGAGCAACAGCAGCGGUCUGGCACUACAACCAGCGAGGACCAGGAAUCCAAGCCCAAGCCAGCAUCUGCUGCGCUUUCGCAGCUACUGUACGUUGUUGGCCAUGUUGCAAUCAAACAGAUCGUUCAUUUGGAGCUGUGUGAACUCGACUUUAAACGGCGUAAAGUCGAACAAGAGAAGAACAAGGCAGCCACUGCACCUCAAAAUGAGGACGGUGCCGAAAAGGACGAACUGGACCUCAUUGGCGGUACGACUGAAGAUGACUUCCAAGACGCCAUGGCCCAUAUUCGAGAACGCGAGCUUCUCUAUGGGGCGAACUCCCUUUUGGCCAGAUUCGGUCCGCUAGUGGUGGAGAUUUUGGCCAACAACAACUCUUAUCCGGAUCGUGACCUGCAGGCCUCUGCGACUCUAUGUCUUGCGAAGCUCAUGUGUGUGUCUGCAGAGUACUGCGAGAAGAAUCUACCACUCCUCAUUACCAUUAUGGAGCGGUCCGAAGAUCCCAUCGUCCGUAGCAAUGCUGUCAUUGCACUAGGCGAUAUGGCUGUCUGCUUUAACCACCUCAUCGACGAAAACACAGAUUUCCUCUACCGUCGUUUGAAUGACGAUGAUGAUUCCGUCAAGCGCACCUGUCUUAUGACUCUCACCUUCCUCAUCUUGGCUGGUCAGGUCAAGGUCAAGGGACAGCUGGGCGAAAUGGCCAAGUGUCUGGAGGAUGAUGAUAAGAAGAUCGCCGAUCUAGCGCGCAUGUUCUUCACGGAACUGGCAACUAAAGACAAUGCUGUGUACAACCACUUUGUUGAUAUGUUCAGUUUAUUGAGCGCAGAGCCUAAUUUGGAUGAGGCAUCUCUGCGUCGCAUUGUCAAGUUUUUGAUCGGCUUUGUGGAGAAGGAAAAACACGCUCGUCAGCUCGCCGACAAGCUAGCUGCUCGACUUCCUCGAUGCGAAACGGAGCGACAGUGGAACGAUGUUGCAUAUGCCUUGUCACUUCUACCGCAUAAGAACGAGGAGAUCACCAAGACUGUCACUACAGGAUUCAAGGUUGUCAGUGCCGCAGCCUGA